UUAAAUAUUCAAUGGAUCCCCGUAAAAUUCGAAACCCAUACCAUGGAAUUGACGAUUUACAAUCAGAUUUUGGAGAUGAGCCUUCAAGUAGCUCUAAACCGAAGAGAAAAGGAGAUUUUUUGAAUAAAGAUUAUUCGAGUGAAAUUCUGAAAAAGCGAAAGACUGAUGGACGAGGUGGUUUUGAAGAAGAGCACGGAAGAAUGCAUAGAAGAAUGGCAAAAAUGAUGUCUAUGAACGCGUAUGAUCGACAUAAGGAAAUGAUCAAUUUAUAUUAUCUUUCAUACCCGGGAGCUACGAAAUUGUUAAAUCGGAAAAUUCAAGACGAAACAACUGACCUGGAUGUCCUUAAAAAGCAUCACAGAUUUGUUUGGAGUGAGGACGAUGAAAUUAACGCUUCACAACCUGAUAAAAAUUCAUGGGAAACGAGAAUGGCGAAGAAAUAUUACGAUAAAUUAUUUAAAGAGUAUUGCAUAGUUGAUCUCUCCAUGUACAAAACGAACAAAAUAGGUAUGCGAUGGCGAACUGAAAAUGAAGUAAAAGAAGGAAAAGGACAACUAUCGUGUGGAGCAAGAAAAUGUAAUGAAACUGCUCAUUUAUCUAGUUGGGAGGUUAACUUCACUUACAAGGAAGACAAUCGGGUCAAAAGUACGCUGGUGAAGGCGAGAUUAUGCCCAAAAUGCUCGGAAAAGCUCAACUACGGAACACGUAAACGACAAGUUGUUCAGAAGAAACGAGCAGUUCGGAAAUGGGAAAAAGAACGGAAACGAACUAAAAAGGAUGAGGAAGAAGAUGAUGACGUAGAAUUGAAUCAACAUGAAGCGAAAAAUCAAGAAACCAAAGUUCAACCAUCAACGUCCACACUGUCUGCAUCAACUGAUAUUUGGGAAGGACCGCCUCCUGCUGAAACAGAGAAAACCGUCGACGACGAGAUUGACGAGUUUUUGGAUGAUCUCUUUUUGUAAUUCAUAAUUAUAAUAAUAAAAUGCCUAUCAAU